UAUAUUGAACAACCAUGUUUUCAAAUCAUGUACAAGGAGAAUUUUAAGUUAAAGUGGAAAGAACCAAAAGCAGAAUUUCUGCCAAAUGUUGCUCUGGCAUCACUAGGAGCAAACGUUGUAUCUGGCAGGACCUCAGCAUCAUACAAUUGGAAGAGGCCAUUUUUCUGCAAACUUUUUCGAACAUGCAAAUUAGUUUCUCCAGGAGUUGUCAUACAGGGAUCAUCAGAGCUGCUUCCUGGAAACUGCUGGUCCUUUGCUGGUCAGCAAGGACACAUUACUAUUAACCUGUCUCACAAAGUUCCCAUCAGCCAUGUGACUCUGGGUCACAUAUUGAAGUCGGUGUCUCCAUCUGGCACCACACCAAGUGCACCUAAGGAGUUUUCUGUCUAUGGAAAGAAAACAGUAGAAGAUGAGGGAACUCUUCUUGGAACCUUUACAUAUGAUAAUAAUGGAGACCAGUUCCAAACUUUUAAAACAGAGGACCAUAGCGAGGACAUGUUUAGUUCAGUAAAGUUAAAGGUGAACAGCAACUGGGGCAAGCCGGAGUACACCUGUCUGUACAAUGUCAGAGUACACGGGAUGAUAAGUAGCCCAUACAGUAACCAGAAAAUGCUAGAGUAG